GCCGGGAGCGGAGCGAGCCGACGGCGCGCACGGGAGGGCUCCGGCGGCCCCGGACCAGCCCCAUGGCCAACGCCACCCUCCUGCUGCUGCUGGCGCUGGGCGCAGGUACCUGUGCCAUGACCACCACCACCGAGAGCACCACGGAGACCACUGCCACUGACACAACCACCACAGAGACAACCACGACCACCACGGAGAUGACCACCGAGACGACCACCACCACCACCCCCCCCAUGACCACCACCCUGAACAUCACCAUCACAAGCAGCAGUGGGGGACAACCACCCUCUGCUACAGCCUUCCCCAGCACAAGCAACACCACAAGCUUCCAGCCCAACACCACCACUGCCAACAGCACCAUGGUGCCUACCACGGUCAGCUCUGCCGCCCCCUACACCAACACUACCACAAACAGCAGCAGCUUGGUCCCCACCUUCAGCACCAACAGCAGCACCAUGGCUCCCACCUCUGCCACCAACACAGCCACCAUCAGCACCGUGGCUCCCACCUCUGCCACCAACACAACCAACAGCAGCACCGUGGCUCCCACCUCUGACACCAACGCAACCAACAGCAGCACCGUGGCUCCCACCUCUGACACCAACGCAACCAACAGCAGCACCGUGGCUCCCACCUCUGACACCAACGCAACCAACAGCAGCACCACGGCUCCCACCAUUGCCACCAAAACAACCAAGAGCAGCGCUGCAGCUCCCACAUCUGGCACAGAUGGUGGCACGGUGAUUCUCACCUCCAGCACCAAAAGCAGCAGCACUCGGACCGUCCCCACGCACACAACCUCUGUCACAGCCCCUGCGGUGGCACCGGGCAGCAGCGCCGGUCCCAGCCCCAACACCGCCACCGCGGUGCAGCUGCUGCUCAGCAUCCCCCUGUCCUUCCGCAUCCUCAACAGGAGCUUCAAUGAGAGCCUGCGCAAUCCCGCGUCAGAGCAGUACCGGAGCCUGAGCCGCACCUUGCUGGCCAUGUUUGACCGUGUCUAUGGCAGUGGGCAGAGCUACAAGGGAUGCAGUGAGCUCCGUUUCAGCCAAGGUUCCGUGGCCGUGCAGUCCACCCUCGUGUUUGGCCAGGACAGCACCAUCACCACCAGCACUGCUGGGCAGCAGCUCAGGAACAGCCUGGACCAGAACGGCUUCAUCAUGGGCCUGCAGCUGGAUGACAUCUGGAGCAACACGGAAGGGAUGUCCCCAGCACCGGUGCCAGGCUGGGCCAUUGCUCUGCUGGUCCUGGUCUGCAUUCUGCUGCUGCUGAGCAUCCUCACCUGCCUCCUGCUGACCAUCUGCACCUGCCGCCGGAAGACCCGUGGGAAGCUGGACCUGUUCAGCACGAAGGAUUCCUACCACCCCAUGUCCGAGUACCUGCAGUACCAGAGCCACGGGCGCUACCUGUCCCCCAGCAGCAAACCCAACCCCUACAGCCAGGUCGCUGGCAGCAACGGCGCGGGGACCGGCACCUUCACCUACACCAACCCUUCCGCUACCUCCGACAACCUCUGAGUGACACCGGGAUGCACAAGGAUAGGGCUGGGGGGGGGGCAGCACCGGCCCCGGGCUUGUGUCCCCAUCCUCCCCCCCUCCGCCACGGGCAGCAGGAGCCGGAUGGUUCUGGAGCAGCCGGAUUCAUGCGCAUGACAGAACUGGAUGGGCAAGGAUUGGGAUCCAGGCUAGAAGGGGGGUCCCUGCUCCCCGGGUUCCUGCACUCGCUUGGCUUUGCACCAAGGGGGGGGGUCCCGGCUCCUGCACCC